AUGAAUGCAGUGUAUGAUUGGGUAGGUUCGCUUAGCUUGACACCAGAACAUUUCACUUUGACAGAUUUUGUGGCAAGUAGAUUUGAAGAAGAACAGUCUGUUAGACAUGCAUCUUCUGUUGUUUUGUACAUGCGAGAACGGUGUGAUGAUGAUGAUGAUGAUGAUGAUUUACCGAAAUUUAUGGUUUCUUCUGAUAGUGAAGCAUCAAAUUCCUUAAUGCAUGUCCAUGAACCAAAUGAAUAUCUUCCAAACAAAAUAAUGGAAGAAGAUGAAAGGUACGGUUUUCCAUUACACAUAUAAUUUUGUUCCUGUAUCAUAGAUGACUGUUGAUUGAUUCGUUUGGGAAAGGGGGUUAGAUAAAAUUUAAUGGGUAUAUAUAUACAUGGUCACAAUAGACAUCAGAGGUGCUUACGUCACACAGUUCUGAAUCCAUAUAAACAUUAUAUAUAUUUUCCUACAUGUUUCCCACAUUGCAUUGCAAUUUAUUUUUUGGCACUGGCGUGACGUAAUCACUUCUAAGGUUUAUUACAUGAGUAAUAAAGUCAACCAUGCAUAAGCAACAAAAUUUUAAAAUGAUGUGCCCAUGCAUGUGAAGUGUGGAGCCAGCUUGAUUGAUCUAUAUGGUGACAAGAGAAUGUAAUUAUCGUAAGAGAAUGUAAUUUGUAUUGAGCCGAUAGAAGAACCCUUUUAUACAAUUUAUCUUGUUCUAAUUAAUAUAAACUAAACUCUCGACUUAUAGUGACCAUGAAAAUGGCUCAGAAGCAAGUACUCUGUCACAGGUACGGUAUGUUUAAUGUUUUACAAUAAAUAUUUACCUCUAUUAACCGGGCGCUUUUCGUUAUUUCGCUUCUCUCCUUCCAAAACAGCGAUUCUUCGUUUCACUUGAAAAAAGUACAUACAUACAUACAUACAUACAUACACACAUACAUACAUACAUACUUUAUUGUAUUCCUCAAAGAGGCUUUUCAACACUAAUUUACAUGGAAUGGUGAUUAAAAAACAAGGUUAAGAUUACAUAUUUAAAAAUUUACUAGGAAAAAUCUUCUAUUAUUAAAAUAGUCCAUUAGGCAUUACUAAGAAUACAGUCUGUCUAACAUGUCUUUCUUUAAUUUAUUCUUAAAACUUCUCAAAGAUGGCAUUUGUUUCGUGUUAUUGUCCAGAUCAUUCCAUAGUUUCGCCCUUCUAUAAUGAAAUGUUCUCUGGCCAGUGGUGGUAUUAUAAAUCGGUAUUUGGAGGAGCUCUCGGUUAUGAGUGUCACAUGCAUGUAUAUUUGUUCGUUUACUAAAUUUAUUGCACAAGUAAGGUGGGGCUAGAUUGUUAAUACACUUAAAAACUGUACUGUACACUUAAAAACUGUAAAAACUGUAUCUCUAAAAAGAAAGUGUUCAUUAACUUGAAGCCAAUUCAGUUCUCGCAGUUUUGGUGAGAUAUGAUCGAACUUCUUGCUGUUUGUCACGAUCCUGCACGCGAAGCUUUGUACCAGUUGUAGCUUGUUAAUAUUUUUGGCCGAAAUAUUGAACACCGAGGAAAUUUCGUGUAUUUGUAAUUUUCUAAUAAAAUUAUACAUUUGUCUAAUAUAAAGAACAAUUUCCACCGUUAAUGUGGUACAGUAUGCCAUGGAGCUAUUUCAUACAUUAUUCGAAUUAAAAAAAAAAUCUUAAUUAUCAUUUGUUAUAUCAACUUUGCACUAUCAUUUGGAUCUCUGAGUUCAUAUCUGAAAUCAUUUCCUUGUUGCAGGGAACGUUCCCGUCGGAAACCUACAGACGACAAAUGCGACAGCUGGAGCGAAUGAGAGAAGUAUUAGCCGAAGACGAAGAACCAUGUAAUAUACAGUUUUCAACUAUACUGUCAUAGUAGAAAAUCCUUUUUGCAUAGAACGCAUUAAAACUUGGUCCGAAAUCGAGAGAAACCGAAAAAAAGUUCCUUCAGCAAGUAGGGCGAGUGUUCACAUGGAGUUUCACGUUUCUUUCAUACGGACAAAAUAUUAGACAUACCCAUUCAAGUUUAUUUUUUGUACAUUACAUUUUAAAUUGCUUUUGAAAUUUUGACUUCAAUUAACUUUAAAAUUUGGAAUUUUAUAAAUGUUUAAUACAGUAGGAGAUUUGGUAUUUCGAAAAUGGACAUUGGACCUUCGAAUAUAGAUUCUCGACCCUUGACUUUUUAGUAUCGAUACUUGACACUAAUUUUACUUCUUUAUUUUAUACCUAAAACUUUGUUUUUAGCUACAUCACAAACAGAUGAAAAUCAUGAUGACAAAAAUCUUCAGAGCGUUCGAGAGGUUCAUGUUCGACGAGCGACGAUCGUCGAUGAUGUAUUGAAUCAGUUCAGGGAUCCAACAAUCUUGCGUUGUAGCCUAGCGGUGACGUUCAAUGACGAAACGGGCCUUGAUUUUGGUGGCUUAACUCAAGAACUUUUCAGUACGUUUUGGGAUGCAGUCUGGGAUAUGUAUUUCGAAGGAGAAACAGCAAAGGUGCCAUUUGUUCCUCCGCAGUCCAUAGCUAACAGUAAAGCUGCAUUUAAAGCUAUUGGCAGAGUUCUUGCGCAUGGAUGG